GCAUGAUGUUCGGCUUCAAAGAGUUCUUCAACAAUGUUUAGAAGUCUCCCCGCGGUAGCAUUUUUCUGCUCCGGUGUUCUCGCUGCUCAAGUUCAACUCGGAAACACGGUUCUAACUGGCAACAAUACUCUCCUCCUUCUCGAAUUUUUUGGAGGCAUUCCUUACGCUGAACCUCCUAUCGGAAAUUUACGACUUCGUGAACCUGUUCUAAAACCGACGCUCAACGUCUCUACUUUCGAUGCCACUCACUUUGGCCCAGCUUGCCUGCAAUCACCUGCGAAUUCCGCGAGUUCGGAAGACUGUCUCACCGUGAACAUUUAUCGCCCUACAGAUCUCGUUCGCGGGAACAAACUUCUGCCGGUGAUGGUGUUCAUCCACGGUGGUGGCUUCCUUGCUGGAAGUUCUGCUCAGUACGACGGGUAUCCUUUGGUAUUGAAGAGUAUAAAUCGGGGCACCCCAGUCAUCUACGCAAGCCUAAAUUAUCGCCUCGGUCCACUUGGGUUCCCUGCGGGGGCUGAGGCUGAACGGAACAACGCUCUGAAUCUCGGACUGAAGGAUCAAAUAACAGCACUGCAGUGGAUCAAGAAGAAUGUCGCUGCAUUUGGUGGUGACCCUACUAAGAUGACAGUUUUCGGUCAAAGUGCCGGAGCCGUAUCUGUUGGCGUCCUACUUCUCAACUCAGGGAUAGAAAACUACGUGAGAGGUGCGAUUUUGGAAUCCGGUGGUGCGGGAACAACGUUUACUUUCUCCGCUUCUCGGAGACAAAAUUCCUGGGACACAUUCGUCGAUGCUAUCCAGGGUUGUUCCUCAACCUCCGCGAACACUUUUGAUUGCAUCAGAAGCGCAAGUUCGAGUUCGCUGUUGCAAGCUACGGACAUAUCUCUCGCAGAAGCUAACGAACAGUUCCCAUGGGCACCUACGUUGGAUGGACCGAAUGGAUUACUACCCGAACUUCCUUCACAGAUGUACGCCAAGGGUCGGUUUUCGAGGAUUCCAUUCAUAUCUGGGACGGAUCUUGACGAAGCGACUCUGUUUACAUCUAAUACGACCUCGUCCUCGGAUAUGGUACGGAACGGGAUCAUCUCAAACUGUACCACCACGAGUGAUGGAUCAGGAGGUACCGAGCUCGACAACGCUGCGGACGUGUUACUUCAGCUGUAUCCUAAUGAUCCUACCCUUGGUUCCCCAUUCAACACGGGAAGUGACACUUUCGGACUGAGUAGCCAAUACAAGAGAUCUUCAGCCAUUACUGGUGACUUGAUGUUCCACUCCGUACGUCGACUUUGGACUCAAACUGCGGCUCAAGCUGGAGUCAAAGCGUACGGGUAUCUUUUCACUGGACCAAAGUUGGAGCUCGCGCCGCCUGCGCUUGGAGUUUCGCAUGGCACCGAACUCUUUUACGUCUACGGCCUCGUCCCGCUAGCCGGAGCACCACUGAAUCACAUAUUCCUCAGCGACAAGAUUAUGGAUUAUUGGAUUUCUUUUGUUUCAACCUUGGAUCCGAACGAUGGCAAGGGAGCACAGAGACCUGUCUGGCCGGAAUAUAGUAGUACCAAUCCGGUUUUGUUGGAACUCAAUGCCGACAACAUUGAUUCUAUCCUGGACAAUUAUCGAGCGAAUGGAAUCAACUUCCUCAGUAACAAUGCAGUAUUAUUCCGCCACUAA